ACAAGAAUUUAUUUUGAAAGGCUGUCCCGCAGUAAAUCAUCGGUUGUAGCACCUGUCAAAAUGGCAUAUUCCUUCAGCCAAACAGAUAUAGAUCGUUUCAAGGAGUGUUUUUUCUACCAUGCAAGGAAGGGUAACAUUGGAAGUAAGGAGGAGCUGGGGUAUAUAAUGCAGUCCCUGGGGUUCAGCCCCACACCUGAUGAGAUCACCAAGUACUACACAUCAUACAGUAAAGGUAGCAAUAUGAUGGACUUUGCCUCGUUUCUUGAGGCGAUGCAUGACCACUCAAAAGUAGAGAAUGUAGACAAGAGUUACUGAAUGCCUUCGUGGCUCACGAUCAGGAAAAGAAAGGUUACGUCCCGGCCGGCGAAGUCCGCAACAUCCUCAUGAAGAUCGGGAUGCAACUGUCUCGUGGUGAAGUGGAUGCCUUAUUCCGAGAAACAAAUGUGACACCUGGAGGCCAGAUCCGAUACCACGACUUCGUGAAGACACUUCUGAUGCCUGUACCUGACUAUUGACCAACCACAAGCUGUGUUACAUAAUUAGACUGUCAUUGAUACACCAAUUGGACGAAGUGUUGUUAAAUUUGGAUAAAAAUCUGUUCAAUGUUUAAGAAAUGGAUCAAUUAGGUUCAGUGUCACUAAAAACAGAUUUUGUCUCUCGGUUGUAUCUAACCUUUGAUAAGACCUGGGAGCCAAGUCUCUGACUUUAGAAAAUACAUGUACAAUGUAAUUGUCUCUUAUAACUAUCUUACUUUUAUAUCUAGUAAGCCUAUAUAUAUAUAUAUAUUUUUUUUUUGUGCAUAGUCCAAUGUACUGAAUUCACUUUGAAACAUUUCCACCUGAUCGGUAGUAAAUCCAUAUGUAUUUAAAAACAUUCCGUGCUUGUGAAUCUCAUAACUUGGUAAUCAUACACUGAUCAAAUGCUAUAACAUCACUACACAA